UAAUAAUGAAACCGUUCAUUUUGGUGAUUUUUCUUCCGUUUAUCCUUUUUGAAGUGCUACUUCUUACCAGUGGAAGCCCAAUUAGUACUCAUGAACUAUUAAGAUUCGACUGCGAUAAAGACUGUAACUCGAUGCUCAACACCUUUAUUGCUCAUGCCGUGAAGUACGCAGAUAUUGCGAAGAACUUGGAAUAUCAAAAUAAAAGGCUUACUGGAGAACUGGAAGAAAUUGGUUGGAAAACCAUUCAAAGGCGUUACGACGGUUCCGGGAAAUUCAACGGAUCCUGGUCGGAUUAUAAGUAUGGAUUCGGACUUCCAACGGGAGAAUUUUUCACCGGACUAAUGGAACUAUACACUGAGACUAAGAAACAACAGCACGAACUUUUUAUAAAACUUCAACAUGUUAAUGGAUCCACUAGCUACGCUUAUUAUAGUGAUUUUCAAAUUGGAAGCGAGAAAGAGAAGUAUAAGCUAAAGUCGCUUGGAAAAUAUUCUGGUACAGCCGGAGACGCCCUAAGAGAGCAUAUGUAUGCAGAGUUUACUACGUUUGACUGGGAUAACGAUAAUGAUUGCAGACGUAAUUGCGCUGCAAAUGGAGAAGGUGGUUGGUGGUACAAUGUGUGCGACCACAGUUCCCUGAAUGGAAAGUACUAUGGAAACGGGAUUAGUGAAAUGAACAAUGGAAUCUAUUGGGGUACUUCGAACAGCGAUAAUUUAAACGAAUCGUUUACCGCUGUUGAAAUGAUGAUUAAGCCACUGGCUAAGUCUAACAACGAUAUAUAUGAUACGAACGAAAACGAAUAUACGAUAAUUGAAACAUAACAUUUGUAAAUGUAAAGCAAUUUCUAAAUUGUUAAAGGCCACGAUUAAUCUGGAAUGCACUAUAAACUAGUUAGUGUUGGAAACGGUAACAAAGAAAAUCUUAGUCCAAUACAAAAAAAAAAUAAAAAAAUAAUAAGUUUUGUUUUUAUUCGA